AUGACGGUGCCACGCACCUUCCAAUAUCGUAUGUGGAACCGAAGACGACUUGCAUUCUCGGAUGAAUUGGACCCUGAGCACAAUUAUUGCCGAAAUGGAGGGGGUCGUCCAGGAGGACCUUGGUGUUACAUUGGAGACGUUGCCAGUCCUGAAAUAGAGUGGGAAUACUGCGACGUACCCUUCUGUUCUCCGGAUCGGCAAAUAAACGGAGGAUUUAGUGGUCCAUGGUGCUGGGUCACCACGCCUGGAGAAGAUCCUCAACGUGAGGAAUGCAGCAUCCCCUUCUGCUACGAGCUUCUGCUGGAAUCCGCCAGGAACAGUGAAGGGAGACAUGAAUAUCCACAAUGCCGCCUCACAGAUAUGGGAAAAGAAUACAUGGGGACAGUGAAUAAAACAGAGACAGGAAAGGAUUGCCUCCCUUGGGAACCCUGGCCGUAUCCUCCUCAAAAACCAAGUAACCAUCCUUAUUUGGGGUAUAAUGACCAUUUCUUGAAUGGGAAUCCCAGUGAUCACAAGAAUUACUGCCGGAAUCCGGCGUUUAAGGAGAGGCCCUGGUGCUACGUCUCAAACGCCACCAUUCAAUGGGAAUUCUGCGAUAUCCCGUUUUGCGACGACCGAACUCCUCCAGAGUGCAAAUUAACUGAUUGCGGUGGGGAAUACGCUGGGUGGAUGAACAAGACGAAUUUGGGAUUGUCAUGUCAACGAUGGAACACCACCCAUCCUCAUAAUCCCGAUAUCGAGAAUGGAUUGCAGACUUCAUUCUCGGAUUAUGCAUUUCAGGAUGGUCACAAUUUUUGCCGAGGAAUGUGUGGCCGCUAA